CUAAAGAUUUUCUUCCUGGUUAGGCUACUUACGGGAAAAUUUGGAAACUAAUUUUAAUUUCGAUGCGUAAUAUAUUUGAAUGCUAACUUGCCCACCGCUGAUAGACGUAAAACACGCUUUGUCGAGUGUUCGUAUGUCAGAUCGUUGCCCCUGGAUUGUUUUUGAGAAAUAACAAGCGGGUUAAGGACAAAAGGAAUGGAGGAUGCGUAUGAAAAACUGCUCUCUAAGUGUCGACCUAAACUCGUGAAGACUAUAGCAGGCAUUAAGCCACUACUAGACGAACUCGAGUCUCGAGAUACCCUGAACAGGGAAAUGAUUGCCAACAUUCUGGCAAAAAUCAUUUUGCAAGACCAAAUUAGAGCCUUGUUGGAUAUUCUUCCCCGCCGCCCACAGGAAGCUUUUGAUGAUUUUUACUUUUCGUUAGAAGAAGUAGACGAAUCUAGUUCUGUUGCAAUUCUCCGAGAACAGCUAGAUCUAGCGGGACUACCAAUACCGCAACGGGGAAUCCCAGAACAGGGUGCAGCGAGAAAGGCCGAAGUAAGCCGGGUGUCGACAAAGAAUGACGAAGCUACACGAACAUCAGACAAAACGGUUUCUGAUGCCAGUAAUCGAACAUCAACCACAGAAGGCGCUCGGAAGUAUCCAGUUGGUGAAAGCCAACAAUCAGACUAUUCGAUGACACCAGAAAGUGCGGCAAGACUACUUGAAAAGAUCAGUGUUAGGGAUAACGAUGAUGACGCAGACCAGACUGACAAAAAACAUUCGAUUACAGAUGAUAAAAAGUUGAAAAAACAUUGACGUGAAGAGUUUAUAGUUGCGCGCCACAUUCCACAUCAAACUGACCUCAUCAUAAACAUUUACAAGACUGAUCAUAUUAAAAUAUCACAGCAUGACCAUGUGGAUUAAUUUUAGUGUGGAGGGUGGAGAGGGUGGGGAGGGAGUCUGGAAUGUCGGUGACCGACAUUUUUAGGGAAGCAAGUCAUGCUGCCCCAGAAAAUAUUGAGAGAAAAAAAAGCAACCCUCCCACUGCACACACAGAUGUACAGUAAAGUUAAUAUACGUAUGACCCUAUGUAAACCCCUUAUUCCAAUCUAAAUUUAAAGUUUCCCCACUAAAAAUUAACAUACGUAUUAUCCUAUGUAAAUCCAGGGCACAAUAUUUCACGCGAACCGCGGUUCUGUUCGCGUGUCAGUUACGCAAAAUUAAAUUUACGCGAACCGCGAAUCGUGACCUGUAGACGUUUAGAAAUUAAGACUUGCAAACUUCACGAU